CAUAUGUCCGUCAGCUCAGUCUGUAUAGGGACUUGGCCUGGGAACCGUAGGGUCGCCGGUUCAAGUCCCUGAAUAGACUGGUACUUUGAGAAGUCACAGUCCCCUUCUGGGCACUGUCGUGGUGCCCUUGAGCAAGGCAAUUUACCUUAAUUAACUUAACAUCUGUUGAAAUUUGAACUUAUCCCGAAAAAAAUGCUGAAAGGAUUUAAUAAAUAAUAAUAAGAAAUCCUAUUUGUAUCGUUACAUUUUUGUUAGUAAAAUGUAAACAGUAUCAUUUCUCUGUAAGGUAAGGGCUGUAAUACAGUAUUUUCACCCAAAGUAGAAACACAUGGACAGUAAUGAUCUUAUUUUAUGUUUUGUACCAGCCCUUUCCUGUAGGGGGCAGUGUGACCCUGACUUGAGCUGUGAACGAACACUUCGUGCUGCUACUCCAGCCUUUAUUAUUAAAUGCACUAAAGGUCCAUAUAACUCUAGGUCCGUAUGCAUAUCAAAUGUAAGUAAAUACAGGCGUCAAACAUUUCAAAUGGUUUUAAAAGUAAUUUAAGGACACUGAUGAUUUCAUCGAUAUUUCACGAUAACUGGGAACAGCUUUGAAAACUUGACAAAUGCGUAUCCAACUUUGAAAACGUUAUAUGAUAGCUGUAUCGAGUACACAGUUGCAUUUAUAAUAAUAAUUGUGUUUCAGUUCUAUACAAAGAUAUGCAUCAUCACCAAAAUAGCAGAGGCCUGUAGAAACAACAUGUCUUUUUUUGCCUUACUUUGUGUUUUUUUACACUGAUGUUACAUAACAGUUGUAUUUUAUGGGAAACACCCUAUGUGCAGACAUGCACAUCAACAAUUCUCUUUUCAUAUGUAAUGAACAGUUGCUAGAAAACAUCAUUUACAAUACAUACAUUCAAACGUAAGUCCUUUUCCCCUAUCUUGGAGGACAAUUAACUCCAUUAUUUAAACAAAAUAAGUUGACUGUGGAUCAAGCUGAGAGUAUUCUUUCCUACGCUUUGUCAUGUCAGCAACAUUAUCAGCCACUUGUUGGUGCCCUCUAGUUCUGCUUUCAGUUCCUAAGAUGUUCAUGUGGUCAUAGUUCAAUACACACUUUGUUUAACUAUUAUCUUUUUUUACACUAUGUAAUAAGAAGCCGCAAAAAUAAAAAUGGUCAACCUCAUUGUGGCACUAGAGGAAAAUGUAGUCGUUCUAUCUGAGGGACAGUCAGUCAUAAAGAAAGCCGACUGACAAACCAUAUGGUCAUUUUGUGAAAACUGAAAUAAUGCUAGGUUUAGUUUACUCAAAACCAGAGGUGGAAGUAGUACUCAGAUCUUGUUUUUAAGUAAAAGUAGAAGUAGGAAUACUUGAUUUCAAUUAAAAAUCCUGCAAUUAAAAUGUUACUCAAGUAAAAUUACAAAAGUAUUUACAUCAAAUAUACUUAAAGUACCAAAAGUUAAAGUAUUCAUUGUGCAAAUGGCCUCAUUUCAGAAUCAUAUGAUUUGUUUUGGUUAUCAAUAUUGAUGUAUUGUUGUGUUUAUCAAGCUGGUAAAACUAGAACUAAUUUCAAUUCCUUUAUUUACUGCUGGGUAGAAUGUGAAAUCAAUCCGGGUGUAUUUAAAGGUGUUUGAAGUGUUGAUCGUAUUGUUUAUCAUUAAGCUGUAUAUGUAACUAAAGGUACUACAUAAAUGUAGUAGAGUGAUAGUUCAAUAUUUACCUCUGAAUUGUAGCGGAGUAGAAGUACAAGCAUAACAUGGAAAUGCUCAAGUAAAGUACAAGUACCUCAAAAUGUUACUUAAGUACAGUACUUGAGUAAAUGUACGUAUUUACUUACCACCUCUGCUAAAAACUUAUAGUCAGAAAAAAAGAAGUGUCUGAUAUGACAUGUGUGGGCUAAAUGCAAUUGGAGAUGUCAUUGUAAAACGUUGAUCACAGGUAUACAAAUGGUGUGAAUUAAUAGAGAAGUAACACAAGCAAGUGGUUGUGAAUAUCAGACACAGUUUUCCCUGGUGCUCUUUAGGUGGGCAGCAUCAUCAGCGCUUCUGUUUCCCCCUGUGAGUUUCACAUCAGCCUUUUACCAUAAAGUUCAUAGGAAAUCAUGUUAGGUUGCAGAGCACAGACCACCUCUGCAGAAGCAACACUUAGUAAAGUGUUGUUUAUUGUAAGGUGACCACGGCUACCAGUAAUCUCUGCCGGAAGAGGUUAUAGUUCCUGCUAAACAAACCCUCAUGACGUCAUCACUUUCCUUCCCAACCAAUCCAUGGAUUUUAAGUUUUUGAAAGUAGUCUUUGCUACGUCUCUCCCUGAAUAUGAAAAGGGAAUUGACAUACAUGACAUACGUGUAAGCCUUUAGCUUUAUUCUGGGAACUUACUUCCUAUGUGGUCACAUGUGGUCGAGCUGCACACAAACUCUAGUGAUGCGAUAAGAUCCAUACAGUUGUGGGCCUUAGUCAUGCAAGCACUGCUGCACCUUUACCAGCAAAACAGUUCAGUUUUCUCCAACCAUAUUCUGUGGAGAAAUAUAAAACUUGCAAUGCAGUAAGAGAGUUUGUUGAAAUACCAGCUUCUCAGGAGGCUAAAAGGCGGAGGGUUAGGGAUUUAGAUUCCAAUAAAUGGUACUGGUCCUAAGUUCUAGUGGAAAAGCUCUAUUGGUUUUCACAUUGGUCUUAUUUACAACAAAAACAGUCUGCUUCGAUGUCACCAUAUUUUCCCCAACUCACAGUCAGACAGGAGCAGGCGUUACUACUUGCAUGGUAGCUAUCUGAAGCUCAGCUAGGACAAUACGGAAAUUGUGCUCCUUUGGUCAGAAGGGUCCCAAACAAAGGCCUUUCGAUUCAACCCAUUUUUAUUUGCAUCUUAUCCAAAAGCAUCCAAUACAACCUAAGGAGUAUUUGUCCCCUCCCUGCUAGAGAAGGACAGGUCUCGUCUUCUUCACAUAUCUUCUAUCUCCUUAUUGGAGCAGCUUCGUCUACCAUCAAAAUUCCGUAAAGCUCCUGCCCGCCACUCCCAAAACGGAUUUCAAUCUUCUCUGUUCUUUACAGUUGCCACCUGUUGCAGUUUUCACAAAAUGUAAGAUGCUUGCCUCUAACAGGAACUGCUUUUUUGAACUUUUAAGUAAAUGUAAAAGCUCACGCUAUAACGGGACCAUUGCUCUCUAUUGCCUCUAGGCUGGCCACACUUUUUGUCAUUGGACUCUGUGUUUGUUCUCUGUUCUGGCCCAGCAGUGGUGUGUACUCCCCACUUAAGACAAGACAGCAGAGGUGUUACUGCUCCUCUAUGCACUUCCAGUGUAGCACUGAACUUGCACUCAGUUGUUUUUUAAGACAUUUAUUUUUUUACAGCUUGAACAGAUAUCACCUCAGCAUCUCCUCAUCCAUGAACAUGCAUCUGAUAACAGGAUGUGGUUGAGUUCUUCCUGCUCUGGGCAAUAAACAUUUGAGCGUGAAACUUCAUAUAUGUCUUUCUGAUAUAGCUGCCUGCAGAUAUAAUGUUUGUCCACUUGAGUGAGUUAAGGGUAGGAAAAUAAUUAACACAAGGCCGCAAAUAGUCGAUUGAGGCAAUCUUGAACUGACCCUUAAACUCUUAUUUUUUAUAUACUUUCCAGUUGAUAUCUUCUUAAUAGGUCUACUUUAUCUUGCAUUAUAUUUCAGGCCUGAUAACUUUGUCUGCUUCUUUGUCGACAGAGAACUCCACCCACCCACUCUCUCUCUUUUUUUUUUAGAACUGUCACGGUGCAGUUUGAUAGAUGAGAAAAGGAAACAGACGUUGUUCCUCUCGUCACAAAGAUGGUUGGUGGUUGCCAGAGCUGCUUGUUAACAUACAUGUCUGUGCUACUUCUUGGCUGCUUCCUCCAUGAUGUGGAGGCCUCCAAUCCUCAACAUGAAAUCCACACAAAAGUUGGAGACACUGUGGAGUUGUCAUCAGGCUUAUCGACUAAAGAGGUCACCAAGGCAGAAUGGAAUUAUGAAGGGUUACAAAUUGCAGACGACGAGGGUGCAUUCAAAAAUUCUCAAUUUGAUGGAAGAUUAGAAUUCAACCCAGACAAUUUCAGUUUAACAUUGAGAGAGCUGACCCUCAAAGAUUCUGGUAAAUUCAGUUUUAACUCAGCAAAGAAAACAGGCCAACGCCCAACAGUCACCAUCAUCCUGUAUGUUCAUGAGCCCAUAACUAAGGAGCCCAUCGUCAAUUCCAGUUCCACCUGGCACACCUCGAACGCAUCCUGUACAGUUCUGCUGGAGUGCAGUGCAGCCACUACUGGCCAUGUCACCUUCCAGUGGACCGUGGGAACCGAAACCUUCAACGGCUUCAGGCUGCAGCACAUCCUCAGACAACAGGACGAAGACACCAAAUUCAACUGCACAAUUUCCAAUGUUGUCAGUGAGAUGUCGACAAUCAAAACAGUGAGUUGCAGCAACACUACGUUCGAAACGGAAGAAAGAGGGAAAACACCAUUUCCUGCACGAACAGCCUUCUUCUCUGCCCUGAUUGUGGGAGCCGGAGGUUGUCUGCUGGUUGCCGUUAUAGUUGGAGUAGCUGUGUGUGCUUAUCGCCACAAACAAAGUCAAGCAGGCGUUGACUCAAAUGACCUCACAGUGUAUGCUGAUAUUAAUGAUGUUGCAAUCGGGGAUAAGCCGUGCUCACUGUAUGAAACCAUUGAUAACAGAGUCAACACGGUCCCACCGGGGCCCAAUACGGUGUACGACAAGAUCCAGUUAAAUCGCUUGAGGAAUGAAUCGGUGUCGCCCUAUCAAGACAUUUCCUAGAGGGUCAUAGCAUGAUGUAUAUAGAAAAUAUCAGUAAAUACAAUAAGCACAAAACGGACUACAAGAAGGUAAUGUCAUUCUGUCUUUGGCCUUAAAGGGUUUUUUACUUUCCCUUUAUCACAUUCAAAAACAACCUUUAUUAUAUCUCAACUGCCAAAUCUACAGGAUCACAUUUUAUUCGAUGAACAGUGUUGUAAAAAUGUGUAAAUACAGAGGUUAUAUUUUUUUGUAAUAUCCCAUGCAAAUCGUUUGUGCCUCAUUGUUUAAGCCUGCUGUGCAAAUGUCUUCAUAUUAAAUGACUAUAAUACAUUACAA